AUGUCCUUUCGCGGCGACGACCAGCGUCGCUACGGCUCCGUUCCGCCCGUUCAGUAUCCCGUCUCGGUACCCUACUCCGCGCAGCAACAGCAACAUCAGCUACCGCAACAGCAUCAACAACAGCAGCAGCAGCAGGACCUUGGCCGCCGGCCCAGCUUCAACACGGGCGACGACAGGAACACGAGUGCCUACUACUCCCACCACGCUGCCGCUGCCGCCAUUGAGAGAAACGGGCCCAACUUUGCUCAUGCCGCCGCCCCGGCCGGCGCCGACGAGCUCUUCCUCACCAGCCCCUCCACUACCGCCUCGUCCGCGACCAGCCCACUCGCCGGCUUCCAGCAUCGCUUUCAGGAUGCUGUGCCCCAGUCGCAUGCUGCCCCAGCCUCCUCCUACAACCCGCAGACCUUUGUCGCCAACGAUGGUACCGCCGGCUCUGGCGCCUUCUCCCGCUCCCAGUCCACCAACUCUGGCUCCUACUACUCGCACGCGGCGACCUCAACCGCGGCCGUCUACGGUGGCACGUCCCCGCCGACCUCGUAUACGCCCCAGUCCUAUAACCCUGCCGCCUACGCCGCCCAGGCUGCCAAUUCCCCCCAACGACAGCCCACUUACCAUGGCUACAGCAACUACGAUAAUAACCCGAGUACCUACGGCCAGUCGCCCGCUGCAACCUAUUCACCCUCCUUUUCUCAGGCAACCCAGUCACCCGGCUUCUCCUCUGGCUACCAGUAUUCAACCCAGACCUCGACUGCGUCCUACACGUCAUCCCAGAUUCCCACCCCGACCUACGAUCCCUCUCAUUACUCAUCAUCAUAUCAGUAUCCUACAAAUGGCGCAGACCACCAAGAUACGCAGUACGCCGCCACGGCUGCGCCAUAUCCAACCGCAUCGCAGAUUCCCGUCGGUCCCGCCUACGCCUCCAACGACCAAUCAUUAUACAACAGCCAGCCCGUGAGGCCCGGCUCCCAGUCCUCCCAGGGCGGUGCCGGGUCAUAUGUCCAGCCCCUCGGCUCUCCCGGCCUACGCCGCCAUCCCACCAACGCUCCGCUUCCCAGUCGACCUGGCGAAUCCACCUGGAAUUCAACGGCGCCGGCAGACAGGAACAGCGGCGAGCAGCGUAUCACAACCGAUAGCAUCCUCCAGGAGAUCGAGAAUACCUUUGGCGAGUCCACGAUAUCCGGCCGUUCACGACCCGCGCCCAUCGAUGGUCGCACAGCCGAAGAUCAAGCGCGCAUGUUUCGCCAAUUCAAUUCUAAUCCCACCACACCUGGGCUCCCUGACGAGAGACGCUCAUCGAAUCAGUCAUAUUCCAACGAUCUCGAUGACGAUGAGGCCGCCGCCGGUGCUAUUGCUCUACAACAGGCAAACUCGAGCAUGAAUGAGCCUCACUACUCGAGCGGCUUCGCCUACGCCGAUAUGCCCGCCAUGCCUGACGAACACAACCUUCCGUCUCACCCUGAAGAGCAAGAUUAUAGUAGCGAUGAGAGUGACUUUGCGAAUGUUGACUUGGCUGGACUGUCAGGUGGAUAUGCUGGCAACCUGCCCUACGGCAACAUCGACGCACCGCUACCGCCGCGCUCGUCGUCCAGCCAAAGACCGCUGCCGACGCCGAGCUACUUUGGCAAUCUCGGGAUGGGUGGUCUGCAGCUUCCCACGCGCCGAAGCUUUGACUCUGGUCCAGACCGUGUCUCGCUCCACUCACAUCAAAGUGGUGGAGAAUCUCCUAUGCAGGAGGAGUAUCAGGAUCUAUUCUACCACCCCGGUCUCACAAACAGACCUCUCCCCCCGCCACCAGGCUCAGACAGCAGCUCGUUACUGUCGGCGCAAAACAGCCUGCGCCAACCGCAGCGACCACACUCGCACUCUCUCGGCACCGAUGGGCACUCUCUGCGACCUGAUGGCCCCGAGUCUUACUACACUGGCUCCAACCAGCUUCUUCAACCCGAACGGUCCAUCUCCCUCUCCAGCCACAGCAACGUACCAUCCGUGCCGCAGCCCAUCCGCUCCAAGACAGACGCCGCAGAAGAUAGAAGAAGACAGGGCCACCAUCGCCAUGCUUCAUCAUUUGGUGCCCCAGGGCCUGCCGACUAUGGCGCAGCGGCGCCACUCAUUGGGACUUUUGAUGGAAUUACGCUACCGACUGGGCGCAAAAAGAAGUUCAUUCCUGCGAAGCUCGGGCCGGCAGACUUCCUGCGCUGUGCGGAGCCCUGGGCACUCAGCAAUAUUGAAUCCUGGAUGCGUGAGAUGGCUUCCGGCGAGGCUGACCUAAAAACUAAGACUGUGGAGGACGGUCUGACUGCACUGUUUACGUUCAAGGUGCCGACGAUGAACGUUGCCGAUGCCGAAGUCCUCAGCAGUUCCAUCCUUGCUACUAUGCUGCAAGCAGGCGUCCUCCUGCCCGAGGAAGAAUGGGUUAAAUUCGGUGAUGGCCAGAUAUCCGGCGUCCUGUGGCAGCUUACCGGAACCGGCUGCUACGCUCCGAAACUGCACGAGUACAACACGCCGGGACGAUGCUACUCGAUGCAUUGCACUCGAACUGUCAAGAAGGCAGACCUAGACGUGUUCGGCGAGGGGUCCAAACCGUCAGAUGAUUGGCACGUCUUCUGGGGCCUCUCAAAAGAAGACUUAGAAUCCAGGCCGAAAAAGGAAGUCGAGCGACAGAACAUCCUGCACGAAAUCGUCACUGGCGAGGAGAAUUACAUUAAGCAGCUCGACAUCUUCCGCACCGUCUGGCGCGAUGACUUGCGCGCCCAGCAACCGACCAUCCUCGGGCCGGGGAGGGGUGACAAGUUUUUGGCCAUCGUCUUUGGCAAGAUCGACUCCGUCUUGGAAAUUAACAAGGACUACCUCUUUGCGCAACUCAUUUACCGGCAGAGAGACCAAGGCCCUUGGGUCUCGGGCUAUAGCGACAUCUUCCGGGAAUGGAUUCGGAAAGCCAAAAAGGUCUAUGUCGAGUAUGCGAGUGGCUAUCCGUUUGCCGGGUUCAAUGUGAUUAAGGAGGCUUCGCGUAACUUGCUGUUCAGAAAAUUCUUGGAAGACAAGCAAAAGCACAAGUUAUCACUGAAACAGGACUGGAGACAUUUUCUCAUUUCCCCUGUGACGCGUCUCCAGCGAUACACUUUGCUCCUGGAGACUGUGGAACGCAAGAUGAUUGGGGAUAGCGAGGAGAAGAGCAACUUGCAAAAGGCGAUCCUAGAGAUCAAGGCGGUCACGCACGAAUGCGAUGCCAAGGUUGCAGAAACCGAGGAGCGCGUCAAGAUGAUGGAGCUCAAACGCAUGCUCGUUCUCCGUCCUAGUUUCCAGUCCGAGUUGAACCUCGAUCAUCUGGGUAGAGCCCUGAUCACAUCGGGCGAAUUGCAAAGACUAAGCUCCAAGGGUAUGCGUUGGGUCGACACGCACGCGCUGUUAUUUGACCAUUACUUCAUCCUCGCCAAAGUGGUGCAAGGCAAAGACGGCAAAACGGAGAAGAGGUACGACGUGUCCCGGGAGCCCAUUCCCAUGCCUCUGCUCCUCCUGGAGAGCAAUAACGACGAGCCAAUCAUCAAGCAAAAGGGUAUCACAGCGCCGCUGGGCCGCACAGCACCUGCUGGUGCCGCGGGUCAGCAGCUAAGUAAAGUCACCAGCAAUGGCAGUGGGCGGCCUGGGCUGGAACACACCUCUACAGGCUCGUCCGGAACGAUAAUGACCCAGGCGCAAUCAAACGACAACGCUGAGAACAAGGUUUUGUACCCCUUCAAGGUGAAGCACUUGGGUCACGAGGUCUACACGCUCUAUGCGUCAUCUUUAGAGAGCCGCACGAUGUGGUGCAGCAAGAUUAUCGAGGCUAAGACCUUGCAUGCCAAAGCUUUGUUCUCCGCGAACGCCGAGCCAUUCAGGCUCCGUGUCCUAGCGGACGCGUCCUUCCACUACGACACCACCUCGCCUCACGCCAGGAGCCUGUGCGUGCCGGUCAAGGGUACUCCAUUGGACCGUGCGAUCCAGGACCUAGAGAGCGUUUUGGGCUCGGCACAGGGUGUUGCGGCAGUUUGCCGCGCUCAAGUCAACUGUGCGGCGGGUUUUUCGGCCUUCGGCAAGGCCUUGAUUGCUAUCGGCACAGAUUAUGGUGUAUUCAUUUCCGACCCGUCCAACCCGCGCGGCUGGCAACGAACCGUGAAAGUGUCAAAAGUUACACAGCUUGCUGUGCUUGAGGAUUUCAACGUGUGCCUCGUUAUCACUGACAAGACUCUCAUGUCAUAUCCUCUCGACGUGGUGGCACCCGUGUCCGAUUUUGCAGCGCCGCCCAUCUCAGACAGCGCGCGACGGGCGCCGCACAAAAUCGCCAAGGACGUGACUUACUUUACCACGGCGCGCAUGAAAGACAGAACGUUGAUAUUUUACAAGCGCAAGGAGGGCCUUCAUACCUCAUUCAAGGUCGUGGAGCCGCUAUUCCACAAGGCGACAGAAAAGCGAUCGCGCGUCUUUGGUGGGCGCAAGUCGGCGGCAGGAAGCACAGACACAUUCCGCGAUUUUGACGGUUUUGCUUUCCCGGUCGAGUGCUACUCGCUCAGCAUCUUCCAGACGUACAUUGCCGUGGCGACGUCCAAGGGCUUCGAGAUGUUGACGCUGGACCGAAAGCACCCAAUGUCGGUCCCGGACCUCAAGAAGCCAGAGAUUGCCAACAUUGCGAGCCGGAUCGGGACCCAGCGACCGCUAGGCAUGUUCCGACUCAACGAGAACGAGUUCAUUCUGACAUAUGAAGAGUGCGCCGUGUACGUGGACAAGCACGGCGACGUGUCGCGCACGCUCAUCAUGGAGUACACGGGCAAGCAGAAGAAGGCGCGUGGCGCGACCAUGUAUGGGCAAUACCUACUACUGUUCAACGAGGAGUAUGUCGAGGUGCGCAACGCGGAAAAUGGCCGCCUACGGCAGAUAAUUGCUGGGCGCGAUGUUCGCGUCAUUGACAGCGGCAUCCGUGGCCCAACGGGCGACAAUGCCGCCCAGUCGCAGCAGCUCCACGGUCACAACGGCCAGUUGGCGACGGCCGGCGACACCUCCAAGGGGACCGUCAAGAUUGCCAUGGCCCACCCAGAGCUGCCAGGGCGACAGAUUAUCCUUGAGAUGCUCCUCAACGAUGGUCAUUCGGAAUCGUAA